AUGGGAAAUAACCAAAAAUUGGAGUAUUUGAGUUCAUUGGAGAUAUUUGAAGAGAAUAGAACGGAGCUAGAUAGAAAUAAGGAGAAAUAUUUCAUAACGUUUCCUUAUUGCUAUAUGAACGGGAAAUUGCAUUUAGGACAUGUAUUUUCAUUAUCUAAAACUGAGUUUUACGGUCGAUACAAGAAAUUAAAGGGGUUUAAUGUUCUAUUUCCCUUAGCUUUUCAUUGCACAGGAAUGCCAAUAUCAGCAUCUGCUUUGAGACUUAAAAAAGAGUUAGAAGACCCUUCUCAACAGAACCUUCUCUCUUCUCAAUCUAAAAUCUUGGAGCAAAUGGGGUUCCCUAAGGAUCAAAUACCGUUAUUUACCGAUCCUCACCAUUGGAUUGAAAUAUUCCCAAGGAUGUGUAGAGAAUCUCUGAGAAACUUCCAUUCUAUGGUAGAUUGGAGAAGAUCAUUCAUUACUACUGAGAUAAACCCAUACUAUGAUUCAUUUAUUGUAUGGCAGUUCAAUAAGCUUAAAGGGUUAGGGUAUAUUUCCUUUGGUAAGAGAUAUUCCAUUUUCUGUCCAAUAUCCAAGCAAGCUUGUCUAGAUCAUGAUAGAAGUAAGGGAGAGGGUGUAUUACCAAUUCAUCUAGAUCUUUUAAGGUUUACAUUGUAUAAUAAAAGAAUAUUGCUAAAAGAGAAUAGUUAUUUUAUAAUAAUUGAAUAUAAAGGGAAAGAUGGGAAUGGUAGAGCUUUAGGUGUCUCUGAAAGGGUGUUUAAUAAUUUGAAAUAUCAAACUAGGGAUAUAACAAAGAUAGGAAGUGUAUCAACUAAUCUUUUGAUAGGUAAAGUUGGAGAGAUAUUGGGAGAAAAUGUGAUAGUAGAGGGUGUGUCUGGUAUUAAUGAUACCUGUUUAAUUAAAGAGCUAAAGGAUGGUGGAUCUAGGGAUGGAUCUAUGAUUUAUGAAAAAUUGGUAAAGGAGAGAGAAUUGUUGGAUUUAGAAAUAGAUAAUAAGAAGGAUCAUUCCUUAAAUCUAAGUGAUAACCUUUUAAGGUAUUUUGAACCUGAAGGAGUGGUAGUGAGUAGAUCUGGGGGAGAAUGUGUUGUAUCUUUGAUAGACCAGUGGUUUAUUGACUAUGGAAUAGGAAAGUGGAAGGAGAAAGCUAAGAGGUGUAUUGAGAAGAUGGAGUUUGGAGAUACGAAAGAACUGAUAAACAGUGGAAUUGAAUGGAUAAAUAAAUGGGCGUGUUCCAGAUCGUUUGGGUUAGGAACCAAGUUACCAUGGGAUAGGGAGUAUCUGAUAGAUUCAUUGAGUGAUUCCACCAUUUACAUGGUGUUGUAUACCUUUAAACAUCUCUUAUUUAGGGACUUUGAAGGGAAGGACCAGAUAUUCCCCUCUGAGCUUCUAAGUGACAUAGUUUGGGAGUACAUUCUUCUAGGAAAAUUCCUUGUUAAUAUUUUGAAGGAGUGUAAGGAAUCGUUUUUAUACUUCUAUCCGGUGGAUCUGAGAGUAUCAGGAAAGGAUUUAAUAAAAAAUCACCUCAUUUUUUAUAUAAUGAACCACGUUGCUAUCUUUCCAGAAAGAUUGUGGCCUAGAAGGAUAUACACUAACGGGCAUAUAAUGCUAAACUCAGAGAAGAUGAGUAAAUCUACUGGUAAUUUUCUGAGUGCAGAUGAAGCAAUUGAAAGGUUCGGUGUAACAGCUACUAGGAUGUGUCUAGCUAUAAGUGGUGAUUCUAAUGAUGAUGCCAAUUUUUUAGAAGAGAAUGCCAAUUCGUUUAUUCUUAGGGUUUAUAAUUUCAUAAAGCAUUUAGAAGAGUUCUUUGAAUCUAAGAGUGGUGAGGAGAGUGAAAUACUAGAAAUGAUGGAAAGGAAUAUAGAGAUGUGUGACAGGUCUUAUGAUUCCAUGUUAUUUAGAGAGGUAGUGAAGUACGGAUUUUAUGAAAUGAUAAAUCUAAGAGAUACCUUUAUUAAUGUAAAGAAUGGUAAAGGGUGUAGCACUACAUUUAAUAUAUUUUAUACUCUUUAUAGGAGUAUAACCCUAUUAUUAUAUCCAAUAAUACCAUCACUUUGCAAGUACCUUAUAAGGAGAUACUUUAAGUGUAAG